AUUUACACACAAAAUGGGGUCAACUUGAUGUACAGUUUGCACUGUAUGAGAUGUGUCAGCCCAAGAUUCCAAAGGAGGAAUAUUGAAAUACAUUGACGAAAAGAAUGUCACUACAAGAAGAAAACACAGGAAUAAAGGAAAAGCAGGGUCUUGAGAUCAUAAUUCUAAUGGAAGAGUAAUCAAAUUUGCUGAUGAUGAUCACGGAUUACAGCAUAAAGAGACUUCGGAAAGCCAAAGAAAGACUGCGAUUAAAUAAUGCAAACAAAAACAGAAAGAAUCUGAUAAAAUAAGGGAAAUUAUGUCAGCAAGGAGAAGACUAUGAAGAAGCUGUUACAGGAUCCUGACUCUGAUUUCCUGAUCCCCGAAGUGGAAGAAGUUCUUGAAGACCUUCCUGAAUACGGCUAUUUCCAAAACUAUAAGGACCUGAAAGGAGCUUAUGAGUUUAUAGAUCAUAGUAUUUUUAGUGAUGGUAGCAAAUACUGAGGCCAGCUCCUCUCUGGAACCAAUUUGAAGGAAGGCUUAGGAUACAUCAUUCUCCCAGAAGGAUCUCUGAUACAAGGAGAGUUCGAAGCUGGUGAACCCAUCUUUGGCAGGUUCAUCCAAACUACAGGGGAUGUAUAUGAAGGAUAUCUUCAAAACUACAAGCCUAAUGGUGAAGGCAAGUUGUCGAGAGGUGGAGAGGUUGUACACAAAGGUAAAUUUAGCAAAGGUGUCUAUUGUGAUAACAAAGCUUCUAAAAAGAAAACGUCUAAAUCUCAGAAAAAUAAGAAGAAGAAGCAGAGAAGGGGUUCAUGUUAAUCCAGAAAUCUCAUUGUACACCUUAGAGAUCUUUUCAAGCAUA